AUGGGCGCCCUCCACCAAAAGAUCUGGCUCAUAACAGGCACCUCCUCCGGCUUCGGCAAGCGUCUCGUCGCGUCCGUACUCGCCCGUGGAGACUGUGUCAUUGCUACCGCACGCAACCUCGAGAAGCUUCGCGCGAUCUUCCCCGCCGCCGAGCGCUCCCGCCUCCGCCUGAUGCAGCUCGACGUCUCCGACAGCGCCGAGACCGUCCAGCAGCGCAUCAAGGACGCGCUCGCGUGCUGGGGCCGCAUAGACGUCGUCGUCAACAACGCCGGGUACGGUGUCAAGGCCGUCCUCGAAGAGGGAGGGUCCCUCGCUGCGCUCACCCAGUUCCAAACCAACGUCUUCGGCGUCCUGAACGUCACCAACGCCGUCCUGCCGCACAUGCGCGAGCGCCGCUCAGGAACGGUCGUCAUCAUUGGCUCAAGGUCCGCAUGGCGCCCUGAGGUCUCGCCCGCCGGCUUCUACGCCGCAUCGAAAGCCGCAGUGCAUGCGAUCGGCGAGACCUACGCGGCCGAGCUGAAGCCGUUCGGCGUGCGCGUGCUCAUCGUCGCCCCAGGCGCGUUCCGCACCGAGGGCGUGCACGCGUACCCCGCAACCAUCCACAACCACGUGCCCGCGUACGACGCGGCGCGCAACGCGGGCAUGGCGCGCUUCGCGGCCGUCGCGGGCAACGAGCGCGGCGACCCCGCGCGCGCGAUGGACCUGCUCGUCGACGUCGUCAAGGGCGAGGGCCGCGCGGCGGGCCGCGAGUGGCCGCUGUGGCUCGUGCUCGGGCGCGACGCGUACACGGACGUGCGCGCGAAGGUCGGGCGGUUGUUGAAGACGAUGGACGCGUGGGAGGACGUCGCGACCGACCUCGAGUUCCCCGAGAGCGCGUUGUGA